UAACUGAUUCAUGUGAUAAUUGCGAAAUUAAUUUUAUUUAUGUUAAGAUAUUUUUCUAAUAAAAAAAACUAAUAACAGAUUUAAAGUUUACAUUCGCUUUUAAAAUAUGAUAGGUGAUUUUAAAAUAUAUUUCUGAUUGAUUUUGCGAAAAAGGAAACAGCUUGAUAUCUGUAAAGCUAAAUGCAAAUGAGUAAAUCUCUUUAAAUAUAAAUUCUGCUUCUGUUAAACAUUAAAAAAAAAAAAAAUUAUGGAAGAAUUGGUGUCGGUUACCUUUUCAGAGUUAAAACCAUUAUGCGACAAAGUUGUCAAAGAUGCGCACAUUGAAGACAUAUCAGAACUAGAAAGGAUUAUUAAAAAAAUAGAUCAGAAAUCUCUAGCAGCAUUACAAGAAUAUUUGCUGUUUCCAUUUAGGUUUAUUCUUUUCCGCAAAACUAGUGAAGCUGUUACAAUAAAGGCUCUUAAUAAUUUAGCGUUUUUGUUUGAAAAGGGUUCUUUAAAAUCUUGGCAGACGUUUUGUAGUUACUUUCAGCAAAUCAUUCAAUUAGUAACUAUAUAUGAAGAAAAAGAUAAUAAAAUUCGUGAUUCCAGUGAAGAAUUUAAUUGUAGUGUUUGUCUUUGUUUAAUGAGUAUUAUAAAAAAUUCAAAUGAAGAAAUUAUUAACGAAAUCUAUCAAGAUGCUUUCCGUUUGCUUCUUGCCCAAACCUUUUUUGUUCUAAUCGAUUUGCUCAAGAAGGAGAGAUCAAAAACUCUUCGUAAAAUUAUACUUCAAACGAUUGGUGUUUUAACAUUUAAUCAUCAAUAUACACCUUUAAAAUCUGAUAAAGUAAAGCAAAGUGCAAGCAAAGCAUUGGGGCAUUUUUUACCAGGACUCUCAAUUGCUCUGUCAUCCAUUAUGUGUGGCGAUAUUAAACAAGGUGAGGGUGUGUUUCGGACAGCAUUAAAUGUUCUUGGUGAACUGAUUGUUCUAGUUGUUGGUAAUGAUUGUUAUGCCGAGUUUGAAACAAAUGAUAUGAAAACAUCAAAAAAUAAUAGUGAUGUACCCAUCAUUUUUAAAGAUGAAACUUGGUUUAAAGAGACUUCAUCGAAACUGCAAAUUGUUGUGCAAAAUUGUACAGGGCUAGUCAGUCAUGAUAAUUGGAAAGUCAGAUAUGACUUUUUAAAUUUUGCCAAGUCUAUUCUUUUUUAUUGUUCAAAACACUUAGAAAAAUGUGUAGCAGUUUUAUUACCUUCUGUUUUUGCAUUAUCUGUUGAUCCUUACAAAAAUAUUUCAUCAAAUGCCCAGAAUUUAAUUGUUGAAUUUUCAGAAAAACUAGAAUCUUCUGAUUCUUUAUCUCUUUGCUCAGUUAUAAUCGAAAAUGUAUAUUUGUCUUCUGUAAAACUCAUUAAAAGCAAACUUUCUGCAAAUGAUGAUCAAAAACUGGUUGUUUUGAGAUCCAUUCAAGGGUAUGUUCAAAUUCUUGGAAAUUCUAUUGAUCAGUUAUUGCUUUCUGCAAAUCAUUUAGAAAAAUUUAUCAUGAGUUUAAUGAAUUUGUUAGAAUUUGACAUCUCAUCUAUUAGUGUGUUAGAGGAAACUAAUUUCCAGUUUGAUGUUUCUAUUAGCCCUAAUGUUUGGCCAAAGAAGCAGUUUCUUUACUUUCAAAAAGAAGAAAUUCUUACUACUAUUUAUGAAAUUUGUAAAGCCUUAGGUCAAAGUAAAAACAAACAAUUACUUAUAGACUUUUUGGUUGAAAAACUCCAUACUUCAGAACUCUUUAUAUUGCAAACCAUAUUUUUAAUUGGGAACAUUGUUGAAGGAUUUUCAUCAACAUCUGAUUCUGUCAGAAUAGAUUCUGAAUUAGUUGGUGACAUUUUGGAAGAAAUCCUUUCUCCAGCAUUAUGGGACAUUUCAGAAGAGAAAGAUAACAGAGCAGUUCAGAUUUAUCAGUCGGGGACAAGCUUCCCAAGUGGAACUACAUACAGCAAUAAUAAACUAUUCCAAAUUUGUCUUAUUCUAGAAAGUAUUGCUAAAUGUGCAAAAGCAUUAGGUCCCGAAUUUCACAUUUUCCUGAUGAAAGUUCUUUUCAAUGUGAUGGAAACUGCUGGAAGUUCUCAUUACAUACUUGCCCAUUCAGGACGAUUGUGUCUGUGCAGCAUUUCUCAGUCAUGCGGCUAUAAAUCAGUAUUGGAACUUAUACAAGAAAAUGCUGAUUACAUUGUAAAUGGAAUCACUAUCAAUUUUCACCAUUUCAUUUACCGACCAGAAAUGGCUGUUGUUUUACGUGUAGUCAUUGAAGAAAGUGAUGGCUCAGUGUUGCCUCUUUUUUCUGACUCAAUUAAUCAGGUUUUCCGUAUCUUGGAUUUCAAUCAAGAUAAGGCUUAUUCUCUCUUAUCUGUGCUUAAAUCAGUAGCUAUAUGCAUAAAUAAAUGGUUUCCUACAGAAAAGAAAAAUAAAAAACCAUCACAUGUUCAAUGUGAGGAUAUUAAGAUGUAUUUUUUAAAAAAGAAGAUCGCUUCAGAAAAUGUGGAAGAUUCUGCUAUUACAGAUGAAAGUGAAGAAGAUGAUUGUGGGGAAGUUCCUGAACAAACAGAUGUGAAAAAAGAAGAGCCAUUGCAUGUGAAGAUUUUAUCAAGCAUUUUAAAAAGGUGUUUACAUCUUCAAUCUUUAAAAGAUAUUUAUAUUCAAAGUUUAUCUCUAGAGAUAAUGGAGAUCUGUAUUGUUGCACUUGGAGAUUAUGAACAACAACAGCAACCACUUGUGCAUGAGUUGUGGAAUUCUUUCAUCCAUAGAUUCUCUGAAAAUCAAAUGGUUGUCCUUCAAGCAUUCAGAGUGUUGUUAGUGAUUGCUGAUGAGUGUCGAGAUUUUGUUCGCUCCAGAGUCCUCCAAGAUGUUGUGCCAAAGUUGAUCUCAUUAUUAAAGAAGAGUUAUUCAUCCAGUUUACUUAAGAAUAACUUCAAGAAUUAUCAAUGGACAAACUCCUUUAAGUUACAACUUAAUGUUCUGUCAGAUAUUGGUUGUCUGUUUUGUAAAAUGGAUGUUUCAGAGAAAGAUAUUGCCCUUUUAUGUGAAGUUUGUUUACCUUAUCUCCAAAAUGAACAACCCAGAGUCUUACAAGAAGCUGCAUUUAAAACGUUAAAAGCUUUGGCAACAAUGGAUGCUGAUGCUGUAUGGUGGUAUUUAAACAAAACUUAUAGCUCACAGCCAUUUAUUAUGCCACCAAAGACAUGUUUACAAACAAUUCAUUUUCCUUUAGCCAAAAAAAUAAAUUUUGAUGUAAAAAUGAAUGUUUGAACUAUUAUACUUCUGUUUGUAAGAUUAAAAAUUGUGUAUAUUAAACGGAUACUUUCUUUCACAUUUGUUUGUAGCUGUUUUAUUAGAAUUACAUUAUUUAUAUGGUACUUUUUUGUUAGCAUGAUGACAGAUAUCAAACAUAAAGUUGGUGCUAAAUGAAUUAAAAUCAGAAUGGCGUUUUCUAUGAAGGAGUCUUUAUUAAUGUUAU